AUGCACCGAAUAAUUCUCACGGUGACGGCCUUCUUGGCUCUUGGUAUCAGUCAAUCCGCUGCGGCGAGUGAACGAGUGCUGGGAGUUUACAUUUUCCACCGUCAUGGCGAUCGCACAGCUAAAGCCUGGACGCCAGUUAACCUCACGGCUUUGGGAGCAGACGAGAUUCAUGCCUCGGGUACCUUUUAUCACUCUCGCUACAUCUCAUCCAGCUCCGACUUGCACAUCGUUGGCAUGAGCUCAGAUGUUGCUGUACUGUCUCAGUUGUCAGUCAGCUCACCUGAAGACAAUGUUCUUCACAAUUCGGCUAUCUCAUUCCUUCAAGGUCUAUAUCCACCUACUGGAAAUAGCGAGGUACUUGCGAAUGGUACCAAGGUGGAAGCACCACUUGGUGGCUAUCAAUACAUCCCGGUCGAUGAAGUGACCAGCAGUGCUACUGCCAACGGCGCCGAGAACAACGCAUGGUUGCAGGGUAAUAGCGGUUGCAACAAAGCUGUAGUUAGCUCGAACAACUACUUGCUCUCACCAGAGUAUAAGACAACGUACAAUGAGACCACGGAGUUUUACCAGAGCCUCUUGCCCGUUAUCAAUGGGACCUACGGACCUAGCGCUGCAAAUUUCAAGAACGGAUACGGCAUCUUUGACAUCAUCAAUGUUGCUCGUAUUCACAACUCCUCCAUUCCCUCAGAUCAGCUUCUGACCAACGAAACCCUCAGCCGCCUCUACAGUCUAGCAUCGACGCAUGAGUGGAACUUGGCGUACAACGCUUCUGACAGUGUCAGGGCUAUAGCUGGAGCUGUUCUUGCUGGACAGAUUCUGGAUUCACUGCAGGCCAUUGUUGACGCUAAAUCAGGAAGCCCAAAGUUCAACAUUCAGUUUGGAGCUUACGGAAGCUUCAUGUCCUUUUUUGGCUUGACACAGCUACCCAAAGUGUCGAAUGACUUUUAUGGAAUUACAGACUACGCAUCUUCUAUGACCUUUGAACUGUAUACAACCAGUUCCGCCUCUAAACCUAGCGCUGACGAUAUCAACGUGCGGUUUCUCUACAGCAAUGGGUCCGCUACCGAUAACCGUCUCAAGUCCUUUCCGCUUUUUGGACAGGGCCAAGAUACCCUCUCCUGGAAUGACUUCAAAGCGGAUAUGGGGAAAUUUGCCAUCACUAACACCCAGCAGUGGUGCCAGAUGUGUGGGAACUCUGCCGGCCAAUGUGCACCGAACUCUACCACUUCUGGAAGUGACACAGCUCAAAAGUCAGACAAUAACGACGGUGGCAUUUCUAAGCCAGUUGCAGGCGUUAUUGGCGCUCUAGUAACGCUUGGCGUCAUUCUUGGCGUGGAAGCCCUGGUAAUGCUCGUGGGUGGUCUACGCCUUGUUAAGAAGUCAACCCUCGAUACUGCUAGCCGAAGCAGCAUGGAGGCUGGUAGUGCUAAAUAG